UGAGAAAACAUGACAAAUUUCAUUGCUUAGGUACUAGGUGUUUGUUGUGACUUUUGUUGGUUCUACAUUAAAAAAGGGGGAAAAGCAGGAUGAUGGUGGAAAAGAAAAGAACAAUAAAUUGGUAUAACAGCAUUGGUUCUACAUUAAAAAAAAGGGGAAAAAGCAGGAUUAUGGUGGAAAAGGAAAGAUCCAGAAAUAGGUAUAACAGCAUGCAAGGAAAUAUAAUGUUGAAUUAUUGUUAUUACUAUAUACCAGAGCAAAUAGAGAAACAGAAGACUUGUUUUAUUUUAAGCUGCUGGUGUCUGUCUGUCAAAGCCAUUUUAACAGCUGCCUAUCAGACAGAAAUAUCUCUCAUCAGAUAGUAGCAGAGCUAUAUGGGUUAAUGCCAGUCUUUUUAACAAAACACUUCAGUUAAUAAAUAUUGAGUUCUGGAUGGCCUGUGUUGAUUGCUUGUUUCUACAAAGCAAUAAAAACAAAGCCCUCCUACUUGUUACUGUGUGUGGAAACGUCACUGCAAUAUAGGCACAUGUCUAUAUAAACCUAGAUAUUGAGUGGACCCCAUUCCAAGCUGACUGUACAGAGAAACAUUCAACUCAUCUCUGCGUUGUGAAGACACAAUGUUCAACACAGUCCUGUUGUGUGUGGCAAUAAUACAGACAACCCAAGCAUCUCUCACUUCAGAAACCAGUAAUGAAAGGCUCCAAGCAUUGAACUCUGGCAUAAGCAAUGGAAGAUAUAGCUAUCCAAGUUUGCUGCGCAAAGUGAAAGAGACUGCAAUGGAAGUGCCAGGGAAUUUGGCUAGAAAUGAAUUUCUGAAACUGGACUCAGGAGUAGAGGAAGACGACUUGAUAGAGGAUUACAGCCUACUUGACCCAAGGGCUUUGUCACUAGAAGUAUCUUCAAGGGAAGAGCGCUCACCUAGAAGAUGUGUUCAGCUACUGGAGUCUUGUGUUGGACACCUGCCAUGUUGCAGUCCUUGUGCUACCUGUUACUGCCGAUUCUUUAAUGCAUUCUGUUACUGUAGAAAAACAAGCAUCAACUGCCAUCAUGGAAAGAAUUAGUUAUUCUCAACUCCUCCAAUGAGAGGUUAUGAAUAUUAUUAGCAUACCCGGGAGCCCUUAGAUGUCACGGCAUUAUUACUAAUGUGUACAUUGAUCUUAAUUUACGGUUGUAGUUUUGUUAAUUGCUAUCUUAAUGCAAAAUAUAAAUAUUAUGUCAUGUUCAUUAAAUGCUUCACUGUUUGUCUAUUUAUUUUGUGAACAUUUAUAGAUGAAUAUAGUAUAGCUGAAGACAAUGUAAGUUAAAACAGAUCAAGCUAAUAUUUACCUAUGUAAUUAACUAAUAUAAUUACAUAUACAUUGAUAUAUAUGUAACCUACAGGUCUUUGCACUAAAGGGUUAAA